GGCAUUGCAUGUGCUCAGUGAAAGACAUCGCGCACUGUAUAGACAGUCUAGAUUUGGUUUAAAAAAUGGCGUGGGAAAACACACUGAGGGCGGGCUGAUUCAAGGCAAGCCGUCUCUCUUUCGUUGUCUGCACGCAUUAGAUCUCGUCCCAGAAGUUUUGAGAGCUCGAUCGAGUAGAGCGUGACUUGAGAUAACAUCAUCCGUCAGAAAAGAUACUGAUAGCGAAACUGACAAAGAUGAAUAUAAAGAUACAGAGGAAAAAACUGGCGUCUAGUUCUUUGGCGCGGAAACGGCACGAUGGAUUAAUGUUUUAAUGUAGUAAAUAUUCAGGUGUGGACGUUUAUUACAGUUUAUUUUGUGAACUACGAGCGCUUGCUGAACGGAGCGGACGCGAGGGGUUGAAUGCAGCCGCUCAACGCGAGUGUACUUAAGUGUGUUUAAAAGCUUGGCUGAUUUAAAAUUCUCCAGUGAAUUGCCUUUGCUGGCGUAGGCGUUCGUUUCUCUCAGUGGUAUUGGGCACUGGCCAAGUAUGAAGGACUAAGAGACAGCAGGGUGAGUGUUGUGGAACAGGGUGAUGGGAGUCCAGGACUCUCUACUGCCGGGCUUACGGCAUUUCAUGAAGCAGUCGGCUCGACUUCUGCUGCUGGUCCUACUGCUGUGGAUGCUGCUCCUCUUUGUUGUCUUUACCUACUUCACUGACCCCCAGGUGAACCAGCCUCAUAGGGCAAUUUUCCCUUUUAACUCGGAAUCUUCACAUGUAACUUAUGUUCAACGUAGUACCCGGGUCAUCAUGGCAUCCCAGAAUUCCCGCUGGGGUCUGUAUGCAGAGAGGAGGGGUCCUUUCCACCGCAGACAAGUGCUUCUACCUCUACGUGACAGAAAAGAGUUUAAUUUCAGGAACAGUUUUUUCAGUGACUGGUCGGUGGUCCGUGGUCUGUGGAAAGGACAGGUUUCCUCCAAAUUGCUAAGCAACCGGCUACAGCGAGUGAUGAAGAACUAUGUUCACUCUAAUAAGCACAAUGUGCUCUACCAAGGCCAACAAGAAGCAAGCAAGAGUGGACAGGAGAUCCUGUGUCAGAUGAAACAGCAAGCAAAACUCAGGACUCUGGAUGGCUCUGAACAGCCCUUUGCUCACCUAGGUUUUCAACAGCUGGCUCCUCCUAAAUUGCAGCAGAUGUACACAACAUGUGCUGUGGUGACUUCAGCAGGGGCAAUACUUAACUCAUCACUGGGACCUGAAAUUGAUUCCCAUGAUGCUGUGCUGCGUUUCAAUGCUGCACCCAGUGAGGGCUAUGAACAAGAUGUGGGCAACAAGACAACCAUUCGAAUCAUCAACUCUCAGAUUCUAGCAAACCCCGAACACAAAUUCAACAGAAGUUUGCUCUUUAAGAACAUUACCUUGGUAGCCUGGGAUCCUGCUCCUUAUAACAUUGACCUUUAUAAGUGGUACCGCUCACCUGAUUAUGACCUGUUUACUCCAUACAUACAUCACAGAAAGAAUUUCCCUGAACAGCCCUUUUAUAUCCUGCAUCCUUCAUUUAUCUGGAAACUCUGGGAUAUUGUGCAAAGCAACACACAGGAGAACAUUCAACGCAAUCCUCCUUCCUCAGGUUUUAUAGGUAUAGUCAUGAUGAUGAACGUCUGUGAGGAGGUCCAUGUGUACGAGUACAUUCCCUCUAUGAGACAAACUAGUCUGUGCCAUUACCAUGAGAAGUAUUACGAUGCUGCCUGCACGUUUGGGGCAUACCACCCUCUACUUUACGAGAAACUGCUUGUCAAGCGAAUGAGCACAUCUUCUGAGGAGGACCUCAAGAAAAAGGGAAAGGUCACACUGCCAGGAUUCAGUAAGAUCAACUGUCCGCUGUGAUUUACAGACUCAAACGUACACUAGCAUAAAAAUGUGUAUGGGUCUUCAAGACUGUACAGACCCUUCAACUUCCCCUUCAACUUAAACACAGACCAUUAUCAUCUAAUAGAGGUUUACCAAUAGUCAGAAAUGGCCUAAUGACCUUAAAAUGACCUUAAUUUAGAGAUUACAGAUGCUGUACAUACAAAACAUGAUUGUGAUGCAGGACAAGAAGAGAGUUUCAAAGCAAAUUUUUGAUUUGAAUGUUUAAAUGUGGUAAGCUACAGUAUGAAAUGAGUCAAGAUGGAUUUUAAAGGUGUUUUAUAAAUUAAUUAUUUCAUAAUCUGUGAACUACUACUGACAAACCUCUCUGAGAAGACUACGUAAAGUUUACCAUUGACUGUUGUGCAUAUUAUUUCUAUUAACCUUUUUACUACUUCUUGCGAUUUAGUAAAAAUUCUAUGUAUUUAAAAAACCUGUAAUAUAUUUGGACAGAAAAUGGUAUCUUAAGCUGUACCAAUACUUAACUGCUGUUACUUUUUAAAACACUCACAUUUUGAGUAAAGAACUAAAGAUGUUUAGUAUUAUUUAUCAUGUCCUGCAAUCAGUUUUGUACUUGAUAUUGUUCCUUCUAUAGACUGGUGAUUUGUGUCAUCAUUAUGGAUGUUGGAUUAAGACAAUCAAAUGUAUUUGUGGAAGGAAUGUUAAUGUUUGUGCACCCAUGGUGGCUCAGUGUAUAUGAUAAGAAAUCAAAUCCCAUGAAUCAGUGCUAAUUACAAAGUUGGAAGAG